AUGUUCAGAGCAACCGAAAUACAUCUUUAUAAACUGUAUGUUGAAAGAGAAUAAGCUUUCCAUCUCCUCACUAAAGUUGGGCAAAUGAAAAAUGUUAAUUUAAUCAAUUGUUCAAGCAGUGCAUUUCAUGAACAUGAUUAUUACAAAUAAUUAAAACGAUGUGAUGAUAUUUAUAACAAAAUUGGUGAGAUCAAACACCUUCUGCACUUAUAUAACAAAUAAAUCCAUUACUGUCCUAACUAUGAAGUAUUCAUUUCAAACAUCAAAAUUACUGACGAUUAGGCCAUAAAAAUUGAAUAAGAACUAACACACAAAGUCCAAUUUAUUUUGAAUCAAUAAGCAAAUCUACAAUCGAUUAUGGAAUAAAGGAACAAAUUAGGCGAAGAGAUUGCAGUUUUACAACAUUGCAAAGACUUCAUAUACAAAUUUUCAGGAAUCUAAUUAGGGUAUAUAGUUGGAUGUCUUAAUACAAUUGACUCGCACAAGUUUAAUCGAAUAGUAUUUAGAAUUUCAAAGGAAAAUGGAAUUGUUAAAUUUAAGAAUUUAAAUAAUUAGAGAACUCUAUUCACGUUGGUUUUUGCUUUGGGUAAACAUGAGAAUUUAAAAAAUAAAUUACUAAAGAUAUGCGAAGCAUUUAAUGUAUCCAUAAUUUAGGUACCUGAAGAGAGCAAAGUAGAAAAUAAAAUCUUGGAAUUAGAAAAUGAUAUAGCCAAUUUGGAUAUUGUCAUCUCAACAACCAAAUAAGAAAUAGACUAACAAUUGGAUUUCUUUUCAGAUAUUUAAGUGGAGAAAGUCUUAAAUUUAGAUGAAAUCUAUGAUUAUGGAUAUUGCUCCUAUAUUUGCGAAUUGAAUAUCAUUUUAGAUAUAAUAAGUGCAACUUAUUAUCAUCUAACAUUUUUUGAAGCUAAAUCUCAAUUUUUGAUUGGACAAAUAUGGUGUGAAUAAAGUGACAUUGAAGAAAUCAAAUCAUUUGGAGUUCAAGUUGAAAUUAUGUAGGACAUUAAUGAAAAUAUUUAUGAACCACCAAGUCUAAUGAAAACCAAUGAUUUUACCUACAUUUUCUAAGAAUUAGUCAACACAUAUGGCAUUCCAAGAUUCGAUGAAAUAAAUCCUGGACUUUUCACAGUAAUUACUUUCCCAUUUUUAUUUGGUAUGAUGUUUGGAGAUAUUGGACAUGGAGUAGUAUUAACACUCUUUGGUUUCUAUUUAUUAAUCUUUGGUUAGAGAGUCCUUAAAAGAAUCAAAUUAGAAAAUAGCAGUGACUAUCUUGCAUAUGCAGACUUUUAGAGCUUAUAUCAAUGUAGGUAUCUCCUUACUUUGAUGGGUCUUUUUGCUACAUAUUGUGGUUUUAUUUAUAAUGAUUUCUUUUCGAUAUCAUUAGAGUAUAAAUUAGAAAAGUUCUAAUUGGGUUUUGAUGGUAAAUGGAGUAUGUCAGAAUCCCACCUUACAGUAAUGAAUUCCUUCAAAAUGAAAACUGCAAUAAUCGUUGGAGUAACUCAAAUGGUCUUUGGAAUCCUUCUGAAAGGUUGGAAUUGUUUAUAUUAACGAAAAUUUAUUGACUUCAUCUUUAACUUUUUACCUGAACUGGCUUUCAUGCUCUCAACCUUUGGUUAUAUGUCAUUUUUAAUAAUCCUUAAAUGGCUGACUAACUACAAUAAUAAUCAAGAACCACCCUCAAUUAUUACCACACUUCUUAAUAUGGUCUUUACUUUAGGAGGAAUCAAAGGAACUGAGAUGUAUCCUCAUUAAGUUUACUAUUAAUCUAUAUUGAUAAGAGUUGCCAUCUGUUCUCCAAUAAUCAUGUUACUUAAACCUGAAGUCCUUAGAAUAAAGAGAAUGUUUUUUAAUCAAAGAAAUUAAUAAAUUGUUUAUAAUGAAUUAAUAGAAUAAGAACAUGGCUAAAUAGAAUAAAUGAAGGAGGAGAAACACUAACUUUUUGGCAAAUUAGUAGAAAGUAGAGCUAUUAAAGAAGAGAAGCAUUUCGAUUAUUCAGAGGUUUAUAUUGAAAGCUUAAUUGAAUGCAUAGAAUUUGUAUUGGGAGCUGUUUCUAAUACAGCUUCAUAUUUGAGAUUGUGGGCACUUAGUUUGGCACAUUCUCAAUUAUCUGAAGUUUUCUUCAAAAUGUCUUUGGAACCAUAAUUACAAACUGGAUCGAUUGUUGGAAUUUGUUUAACUUUUACGAUAUAUGCUUUGGCAACCUUUGGAGUUCUGAUGUGCAUGGAUACUCUAGAAUGCUUUCUACAUUCAUUACGCUUACACUGGGUUGAAUUUUAAAGCAAAUUUUAUAAAGGAGAUGGACAUAGUUUCUAAAGAUUUAAUUAUCUUCAAUUCUUAGAUUAGAAGUUUUAAUUUAGUACAAGAAUGUGA